UGAAAAUACUUGUCGUACGGGUAAGCAAAAGUUGGCGCGCACUCCUUAAGAAAACCCCUAUAGCAAAACCCCAGAGAUACAUUUCACAACAGAGAUGGAAAGAGAAAGCAAAGCUAAAAUGGCGGAUCAAGAGUUGGAGAAGCUCCUAAGCAUGGGCUUCCCCGAGGAACUCGCCGCUCAAGCACUCGCCGCAACAGGCGGCGAAUCCACCCUCAAAGCCACCGAGUGGCUUCUCUCUCAUCCUCAAUCUCGUCUUCAAACCCUCCAUAAACCCUCUAUUUCCCUUAACUCUCCGCCACCACCGCAACCGCAACCGCAACCGACUCAAUCUCAAUCUCAAUCUCAGUUAAAGCUCAACAAAUUCUUCCCUUCUCACUCCUCCACCAAACACCCCCUUACACAAACCCCAGAAAACCCACAAAUUUCCCCCCCUCUAAAACGCCCCAAACUCUCUUCUGCUCCUCCUUCAAUCCCUCAUGACACUAAACCCUCCGAACCCUUAUCGGAGCGAAUGCGGCCGCGGCUCAUAGGCGAAAUCGAGGGCCAAGAUCACAUUCUGGGACCCAAUUCCUUCCUUAGGUCGGCCAUCAAGUGUAAUUUUUUGCCCUCCAUUGUCCUAUGGGGCCCACCUGGUACUGGAAAGACCUCCAUUGCUAAGGCCCUUGUUAACUCCUCUUCUUGCUCCUACAAGUUUGUUUCCCUUUCGGCGGUCUCUUCGGGUGUUAAAGAUGUUAGGGAGGCUGUAGAGGGUGCUAGGAAGUUGAGGGAUAAAAUUGGUGGUGGUAAAAGGACUGUGCUUUUUAUUGAUGAAGUUCACAGGUUUAACAAGUCUCAGCAAGAUUCUUUCUUGCCUGUGAUUGAGGAUGGCAGUAUUGUCUUUAUUGGGGCUACUACUGAGAACCCUUCAUUCCAUUUGGUUACUCCUUUGUUGUCUAGGUGUAGGGUACUUACCCUUAAUCCAUUGCAACCCUGUGAUAUUAACAAGUUGUUGAGAAGGGCAGUUGAUGAUUCUGAAAAAGGGUUGCCAUUGAGUGUUGGGAGGACGGUCGAGGUUGAGAACGAAGCGAUUGAGCUUUUGUCCUCACAGUGUGAUGGGGAUGCUAGGGUUGCAUUAAAUGCCCUUGAGGUUUGUGCCACCACGGCGUUGGGCCGUGUUCAGGAUAAUGUGGUGGUGGUUGUUAAUGUGGAGGAUGUGAAGGAAGUUAUGCAAUGUAAGCAUCUUGCUUAUGAUAGGGCAGGAGAAGAGCAUUACAAUUUGAUUAGUGCAUUGAUUAAGUCGAUGAGAGGGAGCGAUGCAAAUGCAGCUAUAUAUUGGCUUGCUAGGAUGUUGGAAGGAGGAGAACAACCAUUGUAUAUAGCUAGAAGAUUGGUUGUGUUUGCGAGUGAGGAUGUUGGAUUAGCUGACCCUAAUGCGCUAUUGCAAGCCGUGGCUUGUCAUCAAGCUUGUCAUACUGUUGGAUUGCCUGAGUGCAGGUUGAAUCUAGCUCAAUGCGUUGCUUAUUUAGCUUUGGCUCCAAAAUCUGUGGCUGUUUACAAGGCCAUAAAUGAGGCGAUGAAGGUGGUGAAAGACUCGGUUGGGGGGAACCAAGGGGUGCCCUUGCAUCUAAGAAACGCACCAACGAAGCUUAUGGGGGACCUUGGUUAUGGAAAGGGAUACAUUUAUACCCCAGAUAAUCCUACAGCAAAGCAGAGUUUUCUACCUCCAUCACUCCUAGGUAAGAAGUUUCUUGAAUGGCCACCUUCCGACGCCUGAGAAGCUGUCAAGGCCAUUCAAGUAUUGAAGCCAUUAAAUUGACAUUUUGGUUUAGACCCAUCUGACUGUUGUUGAGGUCAUUGACAUUUUGCUGGUUUGAUACAUUUUGUGUUGUUCAAUGGUAAUAUGGUACCAAGUAUAUUCGGGUGCUAAAUUUUGUUUCAAUAUGUAUAUGUAUUAGCUUGACACUGUUGUUGGUAGCAUCAAACUGUGAUAUACUUGUAGGAAGCUUUCUUAAGUCCUCCUCAUGUAACUACCAUUUGAAGCACAUUUUACAUUCCAAUAUUAUGAUCGCGAGAUAAUGUGUCCGAUUACAUGAAACUUUGAAAGAAAAAUGUCGUUCAUAUUUGCUGACAAUAAAUAAACAGUGCAAAUUCUUCAUUUCCCAAGA